GGGAGCUGAACCGGAAACUAAACAAAAUCUCGAUUAUUUCGCAUAGACUGAAAAUUUUUUUUUUGACCACUAAAAGUAUUUAUUAAAUUCCAGUAUAUUUAAAUAAAAUAAAUAAUUUAUAAAUAGUAAUUAUCUAAAUCGCGGGUGUUUAUUUAACGCAUAAUUAAUUUAUAAAAUAAAAUAAAAAGUGAAUAAUAGUUUGAGAUAAAAAAAAAAGUAAUAAAAUAAAAAUUUGAGUGAAUGGAGAUAUAGAGAAGCGAGUGAGAGGAGACAGGAUCCAGCAACAGUCGGAAUAACGAUAAAAGUGACAUCUCACGACAAAGUUGAUAAUUUAAAACGCAUGACGUAAUUGUAUUGAUCGCAGAAGAGAGAAGAACAGAGAGCCAGCCGAAAGUCGUAAAGUUUGCUGGUGGAGUCCGUGUCCGAGUCGCGCAUUCGCCAUCUUGGACGAAUUGUGAGAAGAAGAACAAGUAUACCCAAUAAAUUCGUUAAGAAACGUAUAUAAUAAUCAUAUACCCCGAGAGAGUUGUGUGUAGUCCCCACAAAACCAUUUUAAAACAUUUUUCCCAAAUUAAAUCCGCGGCGAUCGUUUAUUAAAUUUAUUAUUAUUGGGAUUUAAAUCCGUUUGUGAACUGAUACCCAUUUGGACGGACCAAGACAAAGGGUUCGUUCGUUGGGUCUGAGUGGUACUAAAUGGUUGCCUGCAGACAGCAUGUCUACUCUGUCGGGGAUCGUGUCGAAGGGGGAGAAAGGAAAAUCAAAGUUUCAAUCGCUAGAUAUCAAUAGUUUGUACCGGGUGAGCAGGGGAGAAUCAUUGGAACAACACCAACAAAAAAGCACAUUACCACGGAAACAUGGAAUGCAGAGUUUGGGAAAGGUGCCUUCGGCACGGCGUCCACCGGCUAAUUUGCCUAGUUUAAAAAGUGAAUACAGCAGCAGUGAUCCAGCUGUAAGUCUUGUACCUAGUGGCGGAAGCGGUUGGGCAACAACUAAGGAACAAUCACCUAAUACUAAUACUACAACAACUACCAACGCAACAGCUGCUCCGUUAUCUGACACUUCAACUACUAACUCAUCGCCACAAUGUGCGCCUGCGACGACCUCAGUCCAGCCAUCGGUGGCAGCAGCUUCACCUCCAUCACAGCAACAGCAGCCCCAGUCACUGCCAAGUCAGCAACAGCAGCAGCAGCAGCAGAACACAACCCAGUCUCCACAUUCCUCCGAACAAUCAGGGAACAAAUCAUCAUGGAGUGCAAUUAUGAGCAGACCCGGGGAUGCCGGUGCUCCAGUAGGACAGCAACAGUCACAAAACCGCGAGCUGAAUGCCCAGUACGGACCUGGACCGAGUCUGCGGCCACAAACGGAGGGGAGCUGGAUACAAGGUGGAAGCCGCACACCAGGAGCUGGAGCUGGUACAGGAGGUGGGAGUACUCAGGUGGGCCAGGGCCCCCCUGUAGGUAUUGUAGGAACGCCAGGACACUCAGAAGGACUAGGUGGCGGACGUCCGAGCUUGGGACAGUCGCCUGCCAUGGGUUCGGUCCCGGCAGGCCAACCGAAUCAAGGCGCCGCUGUAUCCUCGAGUGGAAGCAAUGCAACAGCAGCAACUCCUGGCCCAAAUUUACAUCACUAUCGUGGACUUAUUCCCCCAUUUAUGUACAAUCGAGGAAACUUUCCAGCAGCUGGUGGUUUUCCUCCACAAAUACCGUCGAAUAUGACAAGUGCAAGUGGUGGAGGUGGAGGUGGAGGAGGCGGUGGCGGACCCCGGCCGCGUUUCAAUCCGACCGACCGUUUUACGCCUCAGUCUCGAGCCCCGCAGGAGCGUGAACGUCCCCCCGUGGAUGAUGAAGUUAUUACACGUCCUAUUAUUAAGGAAGAGGAUUUAACACGAAUGGAUGAUAUUUCACAUGAUCCUGGUUGGGCUGCCCACGAUGAUAUUGAUUAUAAUCAGAAACUGGCGUUCAGUGACGAUGAAAAUGAACCAGAUGCUAAUUCACACGUUAAUUCGAGUUCUAAUAAUACAAAUGCUAAUGCAAUGACUAUGAAAAAGGAUGAAAAGGUGGAACAGUCACCGCCGAAAGAUGAUAAAGUUCAGUCUGAUAGUUCGCUUGACGACAAAGAAAGACUUAGAGACAAUGAAUCGCCUAGAGACACUAAAGAUACCCGGGGUGAUUUGUCAUCAGCACAUCGUCCGUGGUAUCAAGAUAGAAUAGGCUCCGGUCAAGGUGGCCCUGGUCCUAACGGACCUCCGCGCGAUUAUCGUGGCACCAAUGGCCCUCCGAUAAGAGACAACUACAAUCAAUCAACCCAACCGCCCAUGCGUCCCGCUCAUCCUCUCAGAGGAGUCGAGGAAGAAGAAAUAUGGAAUCAACGUAGACGUGAGCACGGCGAGAUAGUUGCUUCGGCUGUCGUACGUGCGCGUCAACGCAAAGAAGAAGAGGAAAAACGUUUUCAAGAAUCUAAGCAGGCGGCAGCUAAAAAAUUACAGGAUUUAGAACAAAAAAUGAAAAAGAAAAUGGCUAAGAAAGAUGAUGAUGCUGUGUCUAUUCCCGAGACGAAAGGUUUGAUAAAUAUUCCACCAGUGCCUAUACCCGUGCCUGAGUGGGAGCGCGAACGAGAGAAUCGCGAGCGUGAAAGCCGUGAUCGUGAACGUUCACGCACAUCUUCCGAGGGUAAGGAUGAGAACAAUAAGGUAGCUCGUGAUUCACGUGACCGUGAAUUGAUACGUGAGAAUCGCGACACUAGAGAUACCAGAGACACCCGAGACACUAGAGACACCAGAGACACCAGAGAUAAUAGAGACAACAGAGAUACUAGAGACAUUAGAGAUACCAGGGAAAGCAGAGACACUAGAGAGCCAGCUGGUGAUUUUUCUUCAAACCGUUCCAAUUUUAUUAGACCACAGGAUGUUACACGCGCAGAAAGAGAACGCGACCGUGAUCAGCGUGAAAACCGUGACCGUGAUCGCGAGAACCGCGACCGUGAUCAGCCAGCAUUCUCCCGGCAAUUCCAGAGUAAUUUGCCACCGCGUUUUCAGAAACAGCAAGCCGAGAGAAGCGGUGGUGGGUACAAUCGCGUCUCACCAAGCGCCGAAAGAACAACUUCGCAACCCAACGUCCCCUUUUCUCAGCAAUAUGAUCCAGCAAGAUGGUCCUCUCACAACUCAUCAAAUUCAAGCGGCGUCAAGCAAUCUCACUCAAUGCCACUGCCACAACGUCGUCGCACUGAUUCAGACAUAACUAAUCCACUUGAUGACGAUCCACGUCCUCCGUCUCGUGAUCACGGAAACCAGCGAUCACGCGAUGACAGAUUCCGACCGGCUAUACACCAUAUAUUUGAUUCCCGUAAAUCUGGCUACCAUGAUGACUACAAUAGAGGCAGCGGAGGAGGCUACAAAGACGAUUACGCACGUGAUCAUGAUGAUAGACAACAUGGUGGUCGUGAAUCCUGGGAACGUGAGCGCGAACGUGAUCGCAAUUACGAUGAUAACAAAGACAGAGAUUCACAUUCACGUAACUCACGGGACUCGCGUGACUUCAAAGACACUCGAGACUUUCGUGACCGCGAUACCAGAGACGGUCGCGACAGUCGUGAUGCUCGCGACAAUCGUGAUUCCCGCGACAGUCGCGAUACCCGUGAUAGCCGUGACAUCAGAGAAAAAGAUUACGAAAGCAGUUCGUACAUGAAACAGUCAAGCCAGCAGGACUCUAUGGAUGAUCGCGAGUCACAGCGGGAACGUUCUGAAAGCGGAGAGUGGGCUGGAGAUACCCGUCGUGAUGAACGCGGCCCUUCCACUGACGACAAUCGUCGUGAGCCUUUAUUAAUAUCCCGCGAUGAUCGUAUCGACAGAAAUGAACGACCACAGCGACCGGAUUCACGCGACUCACGUGCAUCCCGUGAAUCAAAAACUUCUUCCUUGCGCGAUGAUGAUUUUCAUAAAUCACGUGAUUCGUCUUCUUGGGUUCACGAUUUAACUGAUUACGAGGAUAAAAAACGUGAGCUGUAUCGCGAUGAUCAUCAUCGUGAGCGUGAAAGAGAUAGGAGACAAGUCCCCGGUCCUAUUACCCGUGAAAAACUCCAAGCAGAAGAAUUGAAAAGCGAAAAACGGAAUCUCACUCAGCUUAAGCGUGGCGGUGGAAGCAGCAGCAAUAGUGGAAUCAGUAGCGGAAGUAAUGCUGGAGAUUCAGACAAAAAGGAUAAUAAAGAAUUACCUGCGGAUACGAAAAAAGAACCGGAAGUUUGGAAUAGAAAAUUAGAACGGACUCCCGAGACAACGCGAUCUGCUGUUACUGUCGAAAGAAAUGACAACUCACCGAAAGCCUGGGCAGACGCUGUUUCACCGACCUUUGAAAAGAAUGAAGAAAAAAUAAUUACUCAAGAGUCUGCGGCUAAAGAUGAAAAAGAUAUAAGUGAAUUGAAAGCCAGUAUGGAAAAAUUGAUCGUUGAAAAACGUGAAGAAUCGCAGCACAAUGAGGAAAUUAAAGAUGAUCCGAAAGACGAGAAACGUGACAAGAAUGUGAGGAAUCGGACCAACAGUGGCAGCUUCCGUGGACGGGAAUCAUCAUCACGUGGUGGCCGUACAUGGGGCGGUGCUUACAAUGUUUACACACGUGGAUGGCGUGGUUCCGAGACACGUGGUCGCCGUGGUGGCGGGUCGCGAUCAAUGGGACGUCCUGGUUCUGCUAAAAGUGGAUCAUACGGUCACACGGAUUCGGAAGUAAGUGGGGAUGAAAUUUCUGGUUCAACUGAGUCGAGUAAAGAAGAACGAAGAUCUGCUGUUUCACCCAAACCUGUUGCCCAGAAAAACGACAAAGAUGAACGCAACCGCGAAGUGUCAAGACGCGAUGACAAACGCAGCAAUGAAUAUCCACCGAGUCGCGGUGAAAAACGCGGAGGAUUUGACGGACGACCAAGUCGCGAAGGUUUCGCGCCCUCGGGUGAACCUUCUAGACGUGGUCGUGGUGGGUUUCGAUCACGUGGAGCAACUUCCGGUGGUAGGAUGGAAGGGUAUGGACCACCACCCAGCAAGAGCCCGUUCUCCACCGAGAGAAUCAACGCCGACGACAAGAAUGCCGGGUCACAGAGUUCUCCAUCACCGGCGAUAGAAGUCGACAACAAUCAGAGCUCAACAAUUGAGUCAUCGGACGAUAAGAUGAUUGCAAAACAGCAAGCACUCACGGCAGGUAUCACUGGUAGACGCAAUAAAUCACCAAACGUACCAGCCAAUCAAGGAGGGCAAAAACAUGACUCAGUUCACGGCAACGUGAGUCAUCCCGCAGGAUUACAGAAGAAUCAGCCGAAGAAAGAUGACUCGAGAUCCAAAAGACCACGCAGUGGAAGUCGACGCGGGCGUGACAACCGCGAGCGUCCUCGUGGUGGAAAUCCAGUUAAGUCUAAUUCAGCUGAUGUUGGUAACGAAGAGUGGGAGACAACUUCGGAGAACAGCGAGGAACAUAUUGAUGAUCACAAGGAUUCGCGAAAUGCUCACAAUAAACAUCGCGGUGGCGGUGCUGGUGCUGGGGGUAAUCAGACUACUGGAAAUAAUAACAGUAACUCGCAGAAUAAUCGUAGACAUGAACAAAUAGGUAAUAAUCGUGAUCAACGUGAAAAAUCUAAAUCUAACGUCAGUUCACGUGCUCCAGGUGCUGAGAAACGAAAUGCACAGAACGCUGCUUUUAAUCAGCGCAAUCAUUCCGGUAAUAUGCUACCACCCCAAGGUGGAGGUGGCGGAGGUACACAGACACAAAAUGGCAGACCAAGGAGUCAAGGAUCCGCUAACAGCGGUCCGAUGACGGAAAAAGGUCUGAAGGAAACGACAAUUAACCGCGUUGAUGAAAUAAAAUUAAGCGAUCCAAAUCUUGUGGAUCAGGUGAUGAAAGAUAUCAAUAAAAAAUCACAGAGUCGUGAUAAAAAAUCAGUAGAAUCGGAAAUUGAGGCCAAUAGUUACUCGACUGGUGGUGAUGACGGUGGGAACAGUGCUGAAGAUAAAGUCGACGCUGAUGGAUUCCAGGAGGUUCGGUCGAAAAAGAAUCUAAAAGAUUCCCGACACGGACAGUUGAAGGAAGAGCCCAAUAAACCGCCGUCGCGUAGAGAAAAAGACAAGGAACGUGAACGCGAUCGUUCUAAAUCAAAGUCCAAUGGGCCGCAGCCUCCUACGCCACAGCAAAUUCAAAACAUACCGCCUCUGUUGGGUCAACCAAUUCCACAACCCGCAAAUAUGCCCAAGUCAUUUGACAGGAAUCCGAAUCGUAAUAAACUUGCGCCCAGAUUCCAGAAACAGAAGUUGGCUAAACAGCAGCAGCAACAUUUGAAUUCCGAUGGCAGUACUGACUCAAAUAAAGUAAACGCUAAUUCAAAUUACAUUAAAGAUUCAUCAGCCGGUAACGGUGGCAACGGCAACGGAGGCAACGGCGGAAGUGGUCCAGCGCCACCCCCAUCUGUAAAUGCCUGGGAUAAACCGUUUACAAGUCAAUUGAGAUCGAAUUCACCGAACUCGAAUAUUCCAGCAGACAUCCAAUUAAUGUCCGGGUUAACUGGCUCUGAUCAUCAACACGACAUCAACGAGCAAGUAGCAUCUGCCGGUAGCAGUCAGCGUAAUUCACCAAGUGGUGAAAAAAUAAUAAAGCCUACGAAAGAAACGACUGUUGAUAAAAAUGUGUCAGAUGCGUCGUCGCCACCCGUUCAAACUCUGAUUUUUGAAAACACGAAUUAUUCGAAGACAACAAAGACUGGUCCGGAGAUGGCGAUCAAGUCGAAAUUUUCAAAUCACAUGAAACCGCCUCAGCGUGUUGUCGACAAACGCGACAUGGAUGACGACACCAACCAACUGCAGCAUCAGCAACAGCAGCAGCAGCAGCAAGCGCUGUCAGUUGCAUUCUCCAGUAAGCCUGCUAAUGAAUUGAUAAAAGAUAAAUCUCAAGAUCCGAUUCAAAUGCCACUGUCAUUCAACAAAAGUGAAGACAGCGCUGAUAUGAAACUUGACUUUACUUUUGACGCUGACUUAUCACAAUUAACUGAUGAAAAAAGUAAAAGCAUCGGCAUGCCGCGGUCAAUGCACAUGACCGGCGUCCAAAGCACCAUUUCGCCGUCAACUGCUGAACUUAAUCUUAAGAUUGCAUCUGUUAAGAAAGUAUGGGAGAAUGCGUCGAUGCCGACUGUAGUAGAGCACGAGGACGGCAGCGUUGUAUCCACGGCAAAUAGUUUUCCUCAGAGUUUCGAGACCGGGGAUGUUGAGGACACGUACAGUCCGCAUCCGCAGUACAAUCAGAAUAACAUGAAAAAUGAAAUCGCGACCUCAACAAAUGUAUGCAAGCUGGUUCCCCCGCAGGUGAAGCCGCAGCAGCAAUCCUCCGGGAGUGGCGGCGCGCAAACAGGCUCCACUGUACCUGGUCCCAGUCCCAUUGGCCCUGGCCAGAGUCCCAUUGGGCAUCCGCCAGCCAGUCUUCAAGGUCCCCUGAGUCCUCCUCCAUUCAAUUCUACUGGACAACCCUCUCACAUAAAUUAUCAGGAAUUUCCACAGUAUCCAGGAUCACAGGCAGCACAGUACGGCAGUAUGUCUGCUAUUCCAUCGCCACCAGCAGUACUAUUUAAUACUGGCUCUGGUCAGUUACCCGCUCAAGCUGGUAGUCUUUAUGGUGCAUUCCAGUUGGAUCAGAGUCGAUCACCUUUUACUCAGUAUCCACCAUACGGUCCUUCUCUACAGAGUUCAUUUAACCAACAGAACGUCUACUUACAACAGCCACCGCCACCACCACACGCUCCCAAUGCAGCAGCGCCCGACAUGUAUCAAAACAAUUUGUCACAGUAUCGUAUUCCCGCGGCAGCUGCUCCGCCUUUUGGACAAAAUCAACAGCUAAGCAAUAAUCCAAACACUGUCUUGAUAAAUUCAUCCUCAAAUUCACUCAUGUCAGCGAGUGUCAAACCUUCAUCCCAGUCUAUUGGCGCUAUCGGUACCAAGGCGCCACAUUUUCAAGCACAAUCUGCUCAACCCAAUCAAUUGGCGUACAUACCGUAUGAUCCAAACCAAGUGCUAGGUGUCAGUGGAAAUUACAUGGGAAAUUCACAGUUGGUUCAAAGACCUGGUCCUAAUGUACAGCAGACAGCUAAUAGUUACUACAGUGCAACAUCUGCUGAUGUAUUUCCCGGGUCGCAAACGGGCUUUUACCAACCCGGAGGCACACAACAAACGGGUACACACUACGGUCUCCAGGGGUUUGGUCAGCACAGCCAGAGUUUAGCAACUGGUAAUGCAACGCCCGUUGGUCUACAGAGUUUUAGUUCGCAAUUUCUCUCUGGAUCGGGACUACAAAUAGCCGCGGCAGCUGCUGCCCAACAGUAUCGUAAUCCCACUGGUGGAUUACAAGGCCCGGCUAACGCUGCGGCAACUUUUCUCAGCAAACAUCAGCAACAAGAACAACCCAGACAACUGAAAAGCCCAUCGGGGAAUCAACAAGAUGUUUUGGCUUCAGUUUUUAGUUCAACACCACAAAUACCGUCACCUAAAUCACGAAAUUGUAAGCAACAAUCGCAAUCUCAACAACCACAGCCAAGUCCAACUCAGCAUCAUAAAUAUCAACAGUAUCAGGGCGUCAGUCAGUCUGCUCUGGUAAGCAGCUACAAUAACUAUGUUCUUCAACAAAAUGUCCGUGGAAUGGGUAUGCCACCACGUGCUGGUAUCCAACCGUCACAACAACGCUACCCGCCACCAAUCCAAAGACCCGUGGUGCCAUUUCCACCGGGUCCGAACCCCAACAACCCAAGUCAGCAACAACAAAACUGCAUACCCUCGCAACAAAACCAAGUGAACCGACACAGGCCCAAUAUUCAUCAACAGCAGCAGCGUAAUAUUAAAAUGCAACAGCAAUAUUAUUCGGGACAAGGUCAGUUUCGAAAUGGCAACAAAAUAGAUCCGAGUGAUAAAGCUGAUUCACACAGCGAUAAAAUAGUCGAUGGUAAUGCUGGUGGACAAGGAACUGGUAAUAAAUCAAACGUAGCACAGCAAGAUACCGAUAAUAAAGAAGAAGUUAAUCAACAAAAUGAGUAAAUAAUAAUAAUAAUAAACAAGAUGAUAAUGAAUAAUAAAUUUAAAAUAAAAUAUAUCAAGUAUCAUUUAGACUUCACGCUACACUUGAAUUAUGAAAAUGGAUAAAAGUAAUUAUUUAAAAAUACCCAAGAGGUUUAUCGAUAAUUAUGAAUAAAAUAAAAAAAAAUAAUAAUAAUAAUUAAUAAUUAAUCAACACAAUUUUAUCGACACAACAUAUAGUGGACACGUAUAUUUAAUCAAUUAUCGAUUGCACUGGCUAAAUAAGAACGUGCAAAUCACUGUCUUAUUAACUAUCGUAGUUGAUUAGAUCGAUGCAUCAAGGAUAUAAAAAAAUAUUUAUAACAAAAAAAAUAUUAUUAAUAAUAAAAGAAAGAAAGAAAAAAAAUAAUUAAAGUAAAAUGGCAGUUAUGAAGAAUGAAAAAAUAAAAGACGCCAGACCGCAGGACGUGUAUGCAUACUUUGCCUUCGUAGCUUAGCGAAAAUUGCUAUACCCAAUUGUUCUUACUCAGAUCAUAAAAAAUAUAACUACAUAAAUACACAAGAACGUUUAAUAAUAACCAAGUCUAAGAGGAAAUCGAUAUAAGAAGGAAAGGAGGGGAAGAAGGGAAGAAUGAAGAUUCAAAUAAACAAUUUUAUUUAAUCGGGAUUCCCAGCUUGGAUCAGUGCUCAUGAUUAUUUUUCUUUGUGAAUUUUUCCGGACUUUAUACAUAUAUAUAUAUAUACAAAUAUAUUAUUAAUUAAUAUCGUACUUGAUAUAAAAAAAUAAAAAAACCCGAACCACAAACGUGAUCUUUCAAUACGGAGUCGGAUGUCUUGACUCUCGGCAAACGAAGAAAUGAAUCCUGCUUUUAUUAUUGAAGCUCGUGAUUUGUAUGAGGAACAAAAAAAGGAUUAAAAUAAAAAUGGACUGUCUCGUUGAGCGGGAAAGUGAAUUUAAAAAAAAAGUUAAUAAAAAAAAAUAUGAGUGAGUUUUGGAUUGUAAAAUGUAUGACGACUGACUUAAUAAAGGCUGAUAUUGAGAAGCGCGGUGGUGUUUAUUUUAAAAUUCACCGUCUCUCGGUAAUCCGUCUUUUCCGUGGAGGAAUCACACUGCAGCGUAACAACAAUUAAAUUUAAAUUUUAAAUAUUAUUAAAAUCCGCUUAAUGCAUCGUGAGGAUUUAGUGCAUUUGUUUAUUAUUUUUUUUUUAUAUAUAAAUUACUACUAUUAAUUAUUAUUAUUAUUAUUAUUAUCAUUAUUAAUUAUUAAUUAUUAAUUAUUAUUAAUUAAUUGUAUUGCACAGUACUUCCUCACAUUAGAGCAAUCGUUUGGAUUAAUAAAGUUUUAAGUAAUGAGUAAUUAAAAUAAUAAUUAUGUGCUACCGCAUAAAAAAAAACCACGAAAAUAAGUCAGGAGACAAUUGUAUAUUUUCCAGCUUUUCAUUGCAGUUGAGCAUUAAUUAUAAUAGUUGAUGCUAAUUCAAUAAAUUUAAAAUAAAAACUAAAAAAAAUGAUUAAUUAAUUAAUUGAAAAUAAAUCAUUAAUAAAGACUAGUAUUUAACAAAAAAAUUUAAUUAAAACUCGAUAGUUUUUAUUGAACAAAAGCGUACUGCGGUCCAUUAUUCGUGUUUAUAAUUUAUAAAUAUAAAUAACCCACGUGAAAAUUAUCAUUUUAUCUCUUAAGAUCUCAAGCAAGCGGCCAGGGAGCUAACAAAUAAAAAUAUAUAUUAGUUCAUUUAUAUUAAAGUACUGCCAGUCGCAUUGUCGGCAAUUAAAUUUAAAAAAGAAAAGUUUUUCACGUCUAUUUGGGUUCGAACAGCGAUUGCUUAUAAAAAAAUAAUUGAGGAUCGCUGUCAUGUCUAAUGGAGUCUCAUGGUGUAAUUAUGGAUUUUUAAAUAAUUAAUUGGUUAAUUAAUUAAUUAAUUAUAUAAAGAAUGAUUAUUGAUAAGUAAUGGCGUUUGAAAUUAUAUAUGCAGUGGAAUAGGUCGCCUAAGAUGAUAUAGAUGGAUGGUAAAUAAUUAUAAAUAUUAAUAAUAAUAAUAAUAAUGAUAAUAAAUGUGUAAUUAAUUAUUGAUUAUUAAAAUCUCAUGUCACUGUCCUAUCACAACAAUUACACGAUAAAGUGCAACGGUAAUUAAUAAUUUAAAAAAUAACAACGCGAAUUUAUGUAAAUUGAUAAUAAAAUAAUUAAAAAAAUUUA